AUGGCGGCAAGUCUUAUGCGCCGCCCAAUGCCAGUGGAGCAGCAGCCAUCUCGAGCCGCCCAACGCAAACAACGCCUACUCGAGCUCGAGAACGAGCAGCGCUUAGAGGAUCUGGAGGCACUCAAGAUGACCGAGGAACAGCGACUGAUUCUCUUUCACUCGUUCCGGUCGGUCAAGUUUGAGUGGAGUGACCUUGAUGGAAUGCGCUACAUCCGUAGACGGUAUAAUUCUCCUCCCGUUUACCCGUCGACCCAAAACCGCUCGUCUGCUCCAACCAGUCCUCGCCCACCACCAUUACAACUCCAUCCACCUUCCCCGCCCUGCUCUCCUCCGCGAAAUCAACCAUGUGAGACAUUCGUGGUCUUGACCAACAGACAUACUUCGCCUUCACCCGAAAAUAGCUGCGUCCGACCCGCUCCCAUCAUGGUUCCGUUUCCUCAAACCCCAGUUCCGUUCCCAAAUGCCGAGUCAGCACCAGCUUCCCCGACACCCACCAUUACUCCGCGUGACGCUGCUUGGGGCACGUCUCUCGAGUGUACUGCCGAGCCAACAGCCAAACCGGUUAGAACAGCAAAAUCGACUCUUCGUGCAGGAUCUCGGAGGCUAAGCAGCAAGUCACGCUCACCAAUGAAGGGUCUUUUCCCUUCCCCUGCUCCACCAGCGACCGCGUCAUUGACAGUCCCGCCCAUCGCAGUUCCUCGCUUACUCGGUGCUCAAGACGAUGAUGAUGAGGACGCUUGGAUUGACGAUGAUGAUGAUGUUGGCAACACAACUCUCCGAGCUGACGACGGCGAUGAGUCAUUAUUGGCCACGCCAGUUGUCUCGCAGACGCAACAGCUUCAAGACUUGCUUAGUGGUGAUGGCCCGUAUCAACCUAUUCGGACGCCCGUCUUCAACACCUACAGCGGUACUGUCGUUCCGCCGACUCCUACUCCUGCGACUGCCGAAGCAGAAUUCCAUGUUGGCGGCAAGCGCAAGCGGUAG